AUGGUUGAGGCAGAGCAUCAGCAUUUAAUGGUACUUAAUCGAAAGUUAGAUGAUGUACAUCACAAAUUCAUUCUUGAUUGUUCCAAGGCUAAUAUAGGCCCCACACUUACCUUUAUGGUGUUGAAGGAAAUUCUCGGUGGGUUUGAACUUGUCGGUUGCACUGUCGGGGAUAUCAGGAACGCUUCUCGAUACAUCAAAGCAUAUGCACAAGGGUUCGACGUGCAAAUGGUGUUGGAUGAUAUGGCUAAGAAGGGAAUGUCCGAGGCAUUCACAUAUCACUACGAAGUUAAUGCUACUAACCAGUUGGUUGCUCUCUUUUGGUGCGACGGUUUGAUGAAGAUGAAUUACCAUAUGUUUGGUGAUAUUGUGGCGUUUGACUCCACGUACAACACAAACAGGUAUUGUAUGAUCUUCACACCUUUCACGGGAAAGGACAAUCAUGGCAGACCUGUAACCUUCGCCGCCGGAUUGGUGUACAACGACAAAACAGGGGCAUUUGCUUGGUUGUUCAAACAUUUCGUUGAAUGCAUGGGUGUAGCACCCAAAAUGAUCGUAACAGAUCAAGACUUGGGCAUGAGAUCAGCUAAUGAAGAGGUUCUUGUUGGCACUCGACACCGAUGGUGUAUGUGGCAUAUAAUGCAUAAGUUAGCCACCAAGGUUCCAAAUAGGUUGCUGAGGGAUGAAGAUUUCAAGAAGGAAUUCAAUGUCUGUGUUUGGUCGGACCUCCUUAAACCCGACGAAUUCGAAGAGGUGUGGAAUGGAGUGGUGGAACGUCAUGGGCUGGAAGACGUUGACUGGUUCAACACAUUGUACGACUAUAGGCAAUUCUGGAUACCGCGGAACAGUAGAACGAAGUUGGACUACCACGAUGCAACUGCCCUGCCCAUAUUGGCCACGGCUUUGCCCUUCGAGAAACAUGCUUCGACGCUGUACACCGAUAGUUGUUCAAGAAAAUACAAGAAGAAAUUGUUGAGGGUAAUACCAGAUGUCUCGUGCUUGGUUUUUCAUCUACAGAUAAGGAACAAUGUGAAAAAAAUUCCUGAUAAAUACUGCGAAAGCAGAUGGAUGAAGACUCCGUUAGCCAAGGCUGUACAUGGGCAGUUUGAUGACGCCCUACCUACCAGGUCCAUCGUUGACGAUAGGAAAACUAUUUCAAAUAAAGGGAUUUCGAUGUUCUAUGGUUUUCUUCAACGAUUUGAGACGGACAUUGAUGUGCUUCGUGCAUUCGUAGGUGGUGUGGAAGAACUUGGUAAUUCUCUUCAAGCUGGAACUCCUACAACGUUCGCCUCGGAAAAGAGGUGA